AGCGAGCCCCAGGCCGGUCCCAGCCCCGUCCCGGGCACCCCGACCCCUGCCCGCGGUCCAGCGCCUUUCGUGCGACCGCGGCCGCCGGCGAGGAGAGGCGCUCCGCCGCGCCACGACGCCGCAGGCCCAGAGGGACCAUGACCUUGGACCCCCCCAAGAGCAGCCUUCUGAUGCUACUGAUGGCCUUGGGCCUGACCCAGGGUGACCCUGUGAAGCCCUCUCGGGGCCCCCUGGUGACCUGCACGUGUGAGAACCCACACUGCAGGGGGCCUACCUGCCAGGGGGCCUGGUGCACAGUAGUGCUGGUGCGGGAGGAAGGCCAACAACCCCAGGAGCACCGAGGCUGCGGGAACCUGCACCAGGAGCUCUGCAGGGGGCGCCCCACUGAGUUCGUCAACCACUACUGCUGCUACAGCCCCCUCUGCAACCACAACGUGUCCCUGUGGCUGGAGGCCACCCGAACUCCUCCGGAGCAGCAGCAAGUAGAUGGCCAGCUGCCUCUGAUCCUGGGCCCUGUGCUGGCCUUGCUGGUCCUCAUGGCCCUGGGGGCCCUGGGCCUGUGGCACAUCCGGCGGAGACAGGAGAAGCAGCGUGGCCUGCACAGCGAGCUGGGAGACUCCAGCCUCAUCCUGAAGGCAUCUGAGCAGGGGGACAGCAUGUUAGGGGACCUCCUGGACAGCGACUGCACCACAGGCAGUGGCUCGGGGCUCCCUUUCCUGGUGCAGAGGACAGUGGCACGCCAGGUUGCCUUGGUGGAAUGUGUGGGAAAGGGUCGCUAUGGUGAGGUGUGGAGGGGCCUGUGGCAUGGUGAGAGUGUGGCCGUCAAGAUCUUCUCCUCAAGGGAUGAGCAGUCCUGGUUCCGGGAGACUGAGAUCUACAACACAGUGUUGCUCAGACAUGACAACAUCCUAGGCUUUAUCGCCUCAGACAUGACUUCCCGCAACUCUAGCACGCAACUGUGGCUCAUCACACACUACCAUGAGCAUGGCUCGCUCUACGACUUUCUGCAGAGACAGACACUGGAGUCCCAGCUGGCCCUGAGGCUGGCUGUGUCCGCGGCCUGCGGCCUGGCACAUCUGCACGUGGAGAUCUUCGGCACUCAGGGCAAACCCGCCAUUGCCCACCGCGACCUCAAGAGUCGCAAUGUGCUGGUGAAGAGCAACCUGCAGUGCUGCAUCGCCGACCUGGGCCUGGCCGUGAUGCACUCCCAAGGAAGCGAUUACCUGGACAUCGGAAACAACCCGCGAGUGGGCACCAAGCGGUACAUGGCCCCCGAGGUGCUGGAAGAGCAGAUCCGCACUGACUGCUUUGAAUCCUACAAAUGGACGGACAUCUGGGCCUUUGGCCUGGUGCUGUGGGAGAUUGCCCGCCGGACCAUUGUCAAUGGCAUUGUGGAGGACUACAGGCCACCCUUCUAUGAUGUGGUGCCCAAUGAUCCCAGCUUUGAGGACAUGAAGAAGGUGGUGUGUGUUGACCAGCAGACCCCCACCAUCCCCAACCGGUUGGCUGCAGAUCCGGUGAGGCCUCUCGGGGAGGCAGGAUGGUGUGGGGUAGCGGGUCCCAGCUGGGAUUUCUGGGCCUGGGAACUUGUGUCUGACACCUCAACUUCACUGGAGAGCUUCUGGGGGAUAGAUUCCAAGGUACCUCCCUGGGUACUCCCUCCCACAUCCCUGACCUGUGGAUGCUGUGGGGGCCUUCUGGUUGUUAGGAGAUUUUCUGAACCCCUCACCUUGCCUGAAAAGUCAGAGGCUCUCUGCUGCAUUUAUUACUAUGAAGUUUCUGAUGAUUGUUUUUGUUGUUUUCCUAAAUGCUCCACAUACUUAUACAAGACACACACACGUAUAUAAACACAUACAGGCAUG